AUGGCCAGCACCGAUCCCGAGCGCAGAGACGAAGAGGAGACAGAGGCCGCCGGCGGCGAGGACGAGAACACCGGCGCCCAGGUCGCCCCCAUCGUCCGGUUCGAGGAGGUCGCCGUCACGACCGGCGAGCAGGACGAAGACGUCCUUCUCGACCUGAUGGCGAAGCUGUACCGAUUCGACAAAGAGGGGAACCAGUGGAAGGAGCGGGGCCAUGGGAGCGUGAAGCUUCUGAAGCACAAGGAGACGAGAAAGGUCCGGCUGGUCAUGAGGCGGGCCAAGAUCUGUGCCAAUCAUCUAGGUCUUUGUCUUGUUCCUGUCUUAUUCCUUUGA